GAGAGAAAUGUACUAGAGAAGGUGAAGGUUCUAUGCUGGGUUCUGAUGUGUCCGUCUAAGCAUAAUGAGUCGGCGGUGCACGUCAAAGCCACGUGGGGGAGGCGCUGCGACAAACUCAUCUUCAUGAGCACCAAAGACGACCCGGAACUCGGCGCCGUGGACCUGCACGUCCCCGAGGGCUUCUACAAGCUGUGGCUGAAGACCCGGGCAGCCUUCAAGUACCUGUACGACCACCACCUUCAGGAGUACGACUGGUUCCUCAAGGCCGACGAUGACACGUACGUAGUGGUGGAUAACCUGCGCUACAUGCUGUCUCCUUACGACCCCAACCAGCCUCUGGCCAUGGGCUGUCGACUCAAAGGAAACGUGCCCGGGAAAGGAUACUUAACUGGAGGUGCGGGCUACGUAAUGAGCAGAGAAGCGGUCAGGCGCGUGGUUGAGCGGGGCAUCGAAGCCGACAAGUGCCCUUUGAAGCACCGCAGCAGACGCCCUGCAGAAGACGCUGCCGCAGCUCGUUGUAUGGUGGCGUCUGGGGUUCGUUUUGGAGAUUCCCGAGACCACUGGAGACGAGCGAGAUUCUCCCAGCUGAGCGCAGCCACGUUGCUGAUGGGGAGGGACAAGAAACAGCAUUUGUAUAAGCCAAUUAAGGGCCUCGGCUGCUGCUCCCCGACGGCCGUGACCUUCCACAAAGUGACCGUGUCUGACUUCUACCUCUUUGACUACCUCCUCUACACGAUGGUCGUCGCCGGGCGCCACUCCUCAGCUCCCUUCCCCCCGCCGCCGCCCCCCGACAGGAGCCGUUUGACACCAGAGGACCUUCAACGAUUUGGACAGAUUCCUGCUAAGUGAAGUCUUUUACGCGUUGGAUUCCUCCAAAAAUGCAAAUUCUCUACUACACAUCAGCCAAGAUAAAUUCCAGACUUCCUUAAAUAGAUUAGGGUACAUCUCGAAAGUUUACCGUGUUUCUCAUCCAUUAACACUAUUGAUCUCUACUGAGAAAGCUUGCAGAUUGUGUCAAGAUAAUAAAAGUUGAGUACACAUUAUCCUCGAUUGAUGCAUGGGAGAAUUUUCUCGACUAGUCCUCCAUUAUUUUUUAAAAAUCGCUUAAAUUCGUUGAAGAGUAUACCUAGAAUUUUCACCAAUUCAUUAUCUUUAAUUAGAAUGUACAGAAGUGAUAUAAAUUCAUCAGUACUUAAAGAUCUUCCUCAAAAGUCUCGACAGAUGGCAUAAUCAAAAAUCAAAAUAGCUGUUCUUUUAUUGGAUACGCGCUGGAGUCGGUUUCCGGGUGUGUUAAGUAGCUUCCCCUACAUGCUGUUGGCGAUCUCUGCAAUGGUCUCCAUCUUGUCGAGCGCCGCCGCCAGGGUGUCGAAGGCAACAGCGACCCGAGACUCCAGACCGUCGCCAGCCUCCCUCCGACGUCGGCGGUUGGUCUUCAUUCCGAAAACUUGGUCGAAGAACAUGAUCACCGGUUUCCUGGUGAUGUCGAACAGCGAGAUGAACAUCAGAGAGCCUCCCAGCACGAAGCCGAUCACGCUGGAACCAGAGGGGGAACAAUAGUCAACUUGUACAGGCCAAGUGUACCGAUUUUGUUACAUCUACUUUGCCGAUACAUUUCCUUUCUGAACUGUGAAACAUGGAGUUUUCGAAUGACAAAUGACCUUUCAAAAUCUAUGCAAAAUAUUCACUUGGCUACAUUGGUAACUAGCUAUCCGAAGUAAACUGUCAGUGAAAUGCAUUUAAAUAUAUUUGCAAUAUACCGACAACUCAAACUACUAUAACGCCGACUAAAGUGGCAACAACACAGGAACAAUCCUCAAGAAAAGAGAUUCAGAGUUACUAGAAAGUAAAGUUCCAUGUGAUGAAAAGUAAUUUAAUGAUAUUUUAUACUUCCCAAAGAGGAGGAAUUUUAUGGAAAACCUGCCAUGCUGAAAUCUUUGUAUUUGUAUUUCAGGUAAAAGCAAAAUCUUGUUAAUCGUAACACUGCAGGUGCAUCUGUAAGUCUCCACCAAUAUCAAAAUUAACGAAAAAAAUAAUGUACAUGUCAAUCUCAUUACCACUGAGACAACACGUGUGUACUUCCCAAUAAGUUAUUCCACACUGAA